CCAUUGGGGAGAACAGGUCCGAACACUCCGAACAGGUUCAAGCGGUGCGUCCCCCGGACUUUAUUCGCCUCUUACGACACGGAAGGCUAGCCGGGAUGGUCUAUUCGUCGGCGGAUCGACACGCCACAAAAACAGAAAUGUACAUACGCGUAUAUAUUUGAUGACGAUUAUGUUCGACGCUUUCGACGUAGGUGGAACGAAUAAUGUCUUGGGCGAUCUCGAGCGCGCGGAAGCGGUUCAUCGGCAGCAGAUUCUCGGUGACGAUUGUAUUUUAUGUCAAGUGUCGAGGCUUUUGAGGCGGCGCAGACCAAUCGCCGCGAUUUCUUGACAAGGGCCGAGACAAAGCGCGAGUUUCAACGAUUUAAAAUAUUAAAGCGGAAUGUAACUGCAAAUUCUGAAACGAAAAGUCAAAAACUUAUUCCCAAAGCAACUCCUAUUAAUUUAAUCGGCAGAAUUGCGUAAAGCGGAGCUUUUAGAUUGUCGUGCCUGAUCUUGUCUUUCCUCCGCGCAAAAAUUAAUAAUUCUAUUCACGAUAGUAAAUUAACAGUUGCAUAAUUAAAUAUAAUGUCCUGCUCAACAAUGUAAAUGAUGCUCGGUGUUCACUGGGCCUGGGUCACUCUUGUUUAACCUAGAGACCCUGCAAUCAGAGGCUGGCCAUAAGAGUUCGUCAAAUUCCUGCGAGUGAGAGAGAAACAUACGCUAUCUCACUCUUCUACGAUCGUAGGGUCUCUAACCUAGGGCGUGACAUUUGCCGGGAGGGCGCCAGUUCUCGGAGGCGCGUCAAUCAUGUCGUAUCUAAACGGAGGUCGACUGAACGUCGGGCUUGUUCAGGAGCAGGCGAGGAAGCGGUUGCUGUGCCUGCUGGAGAAAUGCGACGGCCCGAAGGCUAUCAUAUGGGACCAGUCGCUGGCCGGGCCGAUCGGCCUUGUCGCCAAGUACAAUCUGCUGGAGGAGUACGGCGUCGUCAAGAUGUAUCCGCUGUACGGCGGGACUUUGACGAUACCGCCUAACAUCACCAAUGUCAUAUUCAUCUCGAGACCGCAGUUAGAGCUCAUGGACCUGAUCGCCGAGAAUGUCCACGGAGAAGAGGGCAAGAGGCCGCGCAAGGAGUUUCACCUGUUCUUCGUGCCGCGCAAGAGCCUGCUCUGUCAAAAGAAGCUCCAGAAUCGCGGUGUCUUCGGCAGCUUCACGCUGAUAGAGGAAUUCAAGUGCGAUCUCUUCCCGUUCGACAAUGACUUGCUGUCGAUGGAGCUGAGCGGAUCCUUCAAGGAGUUCCACCUGGAGAACGACCCCACCUGUCUGUACCAGGUCGCGCAGGCCAUACAAGGCUUGCAAAGAUUGUACGGCAAGAUCUCGAAGGUGACGGGCAGGGGACCGGCCGCCAGCAAGGUUUGGGAGCUGCUGGAGAGGCUGAAUAGAGAGGAGGAAGAUAGCAAGUCGCUCCCGGCCUCGGGCUCCGUUGCCAUCGAACACCUGUUAUUAUUGGAUCGAUCCGUAGAUUUGCUCUCGCCCUUGGUUACGCAGUUGACGUACGAAGGCUUGAUCGACGAGAUAUACGGAAUAAAGUACAAUACUGUGCAAUUACCUGCGAGAAAAUUCCACGAUUCCGACGACUCUCCCACGGCGAUGUCACUGAACGAAAAGGAACAGAUCAUAUUAAAUUCGGGAGAAGAGCUUUUCGCUGAGAUCAGAGACAAAAAUUUCAACGGCGUCGGCCCGGUCCUUAGUAAAAAAGCUAAGGUGAUUUCGUCCCAGUUCGACGAAAGACACGGGGACAAGAGCGUGCAAGAGAUUAAACAGUUUGUCGCGAGAUUACCACAUAUGCUAGCGACCAAGCAGUCUUUAGCGAGGCACACCACAAUCGCCGAGAUGAUAAAGGAGGUAACCGACUCGAGCAACUUCUUAGAAUCGUUGCAAGUCGAGCAAGAGCUGAUAAACUGCAUCGACACAGACAAGCCGAAUGCAUACAUCGAGGAUAUGAUAGCACAGCAGCAACCGUUGCUCAAAGUUCUACGCCUCCUUUGCAUACAAUCGCUGACCAACUCCGGUUUAAAGCCGAAGCUACUAGAUUACUACAAGAGAGAGAUAAUUCACACUUAUGGAUUCCAACACUUGCCGACUAUAUUAAAUCUGGAAAAGGCUGGAUUGUUAAAGCAACAGCAGUCGGUGCGACAGUAUGCAGUUUUGCGGAAAGCAUUGAGGCUCACUGUCGAGGACGAGAGCGAAAUUACGCCGAAAGAUAUCAGUUACGUGCAUUCCAUCUAUGCGCCGCUGAGCGUGAGACUGGCGGAGCAAUUGGUGCAGCUGAACGGGUGGCAGGGGUUGAACGACGUGAUGGGGUUGUUGCCAGGCCCUACCGUAAGCAGCGUCCCGUACAAUGUAUCCUCGUCAGCCAGACGAAAUUCUAUUACCAGCGAAGAUUCGAGCUCGGAACCGCCAAAACUGGUUCUAGUAUUCUUCAUCGGGGGUUGCACUUUCGCCGAGAUAUCGGCUCUCCGGUUUCUAUCGCAGCAAGAAGACCUGAACGUCGAGUUCGUCGUGGGAACUACUAGGUUGAUCAACGGCGACACGUUUCUCACUUCCUUGAUGGAGGAUCUGGAGCGUGCGUGAGACGAGACCGUCUUAAACUGAACUAAAUCGAAAUAGAUUAUUUAAUAUUUCUUUGUGAUAAAGAAAGACUGUAAAUAUGUAUUCCUUCUUUAUUAUUAUUUUAUACAUACGUACAUAUAUUCUCCCGAUUAUGUACAAUAUACUCUCUCACGUCUGA